UCACCGCACAUCUAGCUACACCAAGCAUAGACUACAUCUAGCUACACCAGUCAUAUACUACAUUACUAUCUUUCCCUUUUCUUGAAUCCAAAUGGGCACCCAAACUGCGAUCACUUUCGUGCUUUGGAUGUCUCUUUACACCCAAUUCUCCACAGCUCUUUACUCGUCAAAACUAGUUCAUAGGUUCUCUCAAGAAGCUGUGUCAUACUGGUCCUCGAAAGGCAAGAACAUAACGCUGCCUAAGUUGGGAAGUUUGGAGCAUAUGAAGGUGUUGCUGAGCAGUGAUUUAAAGCGGCAAAAAUUGAAACUUGGGUCCCAGGAUCGACUGUUAAUUCCUUCUCAAGGGAGUGAAACCUUUUUUUAUGGCAAUGACAUGGGAUGGCUGCAUUAUACGUGGAUUGAUAUAGGGACACCAAAUGUUUCUUUUCUUGUUGCACUGGAUGCUGGUAGUGAUUUGUUUUGGGUCCCCUGUCGUUGCAUCCAGUGUGCACCUCUGUCUUCAAGUUAUUACUCUAUGCUGGAUAGGGACCUGAGUGAGUAUGAGCCUUCCCGAUCAAGUACCAGCAAGCCCCUGUCUUGCAGCCAUCAAUUAUGCGAAUUGGGUCUGAACUGCCAAAGUCCAAAUGGUUCCUGCCCCUACAGUGUUAACUACUCAGAAAAUACUUCAAGCUCGGGAUUGCUUUUUGAGGACCAAUUAUAUUUGACCUCAAGUGGAGGUGGUGCACCUGAAGGUUCUAUCCAAGCUCAGGUCAUCAUAGGAUGUGGCAGCAAACAAAGUGGCAGUGACCUAGAUGGAUCUGCUCCUGAUGGUCUUCUGGGAUUGGGACCUGGGAAAAUUGCUAUUCCAAGUUUGCUCGCAAGAUCUGGUCUGGUUCCACAUUCAUUUUCAUAUUGUUUUGAUAAUAGCUAUUCUGGGAGAAUGUACUUUGGAGACCAGGGUCCUGCAACUCAAAGAAGUACCACCUUUGUACCAUACAAAGGCGAAUAUUCUGGCUACUUCAUUGAAGUUGACGAUUAUUGCAUUGGGAGUUUCUGUUUAAAACAAAAUGGAUUUCAAGCACAAGUUGAUAGCGGGUCUUCCUUCACCUACCUUCCUAGUGAAGACUAUAAACUUUUUGUUGCUGAGUUUGACAAACAAAUGAAUGCUACAAGGUCUGGCAUAGAGAAGUUCCCUUACUGCUACAAGGCUCGUUCACAUGGACAGCCAGAUGUUCCUAGCAUGAAAUUCAAGUUUGCUUUGAAUCAAAGCUUUGUGAUAGAGAACCCCAUGUUUCACAUAAUUGACUACCAGAGGAAAGUUUUGGUGCAGGGAGAUGAUCUGUAUUGUUUGGGCAUACAACCCUUGGAUGGAGGAAUUGGUAUCAUUGGACAGAACUUUAUGAUGGGAUACCGCUUGGUGUUUGAUUGGGAAAAUUUGAAGUUAGGAUGGUCCCAUUCAAAUUGUCAAGACAUAAGGGACAGUGACAGGGUGCAUUUAACACCAUCACCAAAUUCUGCUGUCAAUCCAUUGCCAACAAAUGAGCAACAGAGGACCCCCGGUGGCCAUGCAGUCGUCCCUGCUGUUGCUCGUAGAGCUCCAGAAGAAUCUUCUGCAGCAUUGUCCGUUCACAUUCUCUACAACCAUUAUUGCAAAACAAGUUUGUUGCUGCUACACUUGACAUUAUGGUUGCCGUUCUGGUAGCUCUAUUUUGCAUGUAUCUAUCUGUAAAUGCUUGUUUCUUUUGUCAGGCAGUUGUAGAAUGUUCAGAAAAUAGUGUCUAUUUUUUUCGUCCUCCUUUGGAAGCCAGAUUUAGUCGAGCUAAACUACCAUCAUUUUGAGUACUCAGAAUGAGUUGUGUUGCUUAAAUGGAAACCAGGGUACUUUGUGAAAACA